UUUCUCUAAUCCCGAGUCGAAAACCCCUGGUGCAAAUUAUAGAUCCCCCUAUCUGGAAGAAAACUUGGGAUAUUCUGGUCCCUCCAAAAUUAAAAUUCUUCAUCUGGCAAUGUCUAAGAGUGAUUCUUUCAACUGUGGUAGCGCUUAAGUCUAGAAGGAUUAAUUGUCGUACCCGGUUCCCGGUUUGCUGGAGAAGUCCAGAAAGUAUUGAACACAUGUUCUUCAGAUGCCCCUUGGCCACCAGAUUGUGGUCGCUUAUGGGCCUAAAUGACUUCAUUGCCUCGGCCCCGACUGUGAAUUUCAGUCUCUGGUGGCGACAUGUUAUGCUUUCUGAGCACCCCCAAACCCAUGUUCUCCUGUACGUUUGCGUAUUGUGGAGAAUCUGGAAGUCUCGAAAUAAGGUAGUUUUUGAGUAUUUGCAACCUCAUGCCCAGUCUUUAGCUCGCCAGUGUUUUUUCCAUGUCCGUGAAGUCACUGCUUCUCUUCCUCUUGCGCCUGCUCCUCCCAGUCAACCUCCAAGUGCUCGUCUUCCCUCCUGGGUCCCUCCUCCUGAUGAUUUUUUGAAGAUCAACUUUGAUGCUGCGGUUCGUGUUUCCGGUUGUUCGUCUGGUCUAGUAGUUCGUGGAGCAGACGGGCAUGUAGCUUUGGCAGUAGGGUUUCAGCACUUCGGCGUUUCUGAUCCCUACCUCGCGGAACUUCUGGCUGCCAGAGACGCCAUCUCCCUGUUGGUCUCCAAGUCACUCCCUCGUGUCAUCAUCGAAGGUGACUCAGAAGUGGUGGUUCGUCAGGUUCGUCAGGGUGCUUCUUCUGAUUCCCUAGGAGGACCGGUGCUUCGGGAUUGCUUCAUUCUGCUUGCUUCUAUUUAUGUCUCCUUAGAAUUUAGGGCAGUGCCUCGGACUGCUAACAGGGUUGCCCAUAGAGUGGCGCAGAAAGCCCUGCUUCUUUCUCCUCUUGAGUUGUGCUCUUUCGGCUUGUCGGUUGGCUUCAUUGAUGUAAUAGGUUGGGAGGUGCGCUAGUAGUUUGUAUAGUUUUCUCUUUUGACAUUUCUUGGGAAAAAAAAUUGUUAGUUGACACCUCAUGCACCUUAAUACAGUGGUCAUCAUCAAUGUCUACAAGCCAUUAUUUGUCGUCUAGAUCACUUAAGAAGUCUCUGAAAGAAACGUUUAAUCCUCGAUCUAUGUUUUCAUAGGAUCCUCCUAUAAUAUAUAGUAGUUCUUCGGCAGAUUUUUAGUAUUUUGAAUUCCCUGCCUUCUCCUUCAUUCUCGCUAGGGGCAUUUUCGUAACUAAGUUCACGCGGCUGGAACUUUUUUUUGUUUCAUCAGUGGCGGUUUUCCUCUCGGCGGAACACACACUCUGCAAAUUCCCCAUUCUCGCAACACCAGGAGGAGCAACACGCGCGCGACCGUUUUCCUCUCGGCGGAACUCACUCCCUGCAUCUUCCCCAUUCUCGCAACACCAAGAGGAUCACAUUAAUCCAAUCGACGCUUCGUCAAUCCCGCUGUCGGACGGGUAGACUCAAUUAAGCAGCAGUGAUUCGCUUCUCUCUUAUCGGUCGGGGAUUCGCGCGCUGCCACUACUGCCCAGUCGGCGCUUCUCCCAAUACUCUCUAAUCGAUUCCACUGCUGUGUUCAGGACUCUCUUUGAAUUGGUGGGUUCCUCUGCGUGAAUCGGCUUCCUUCUGUCUUGUGAAUUCUUCAAUUGCAGCAUUUUGAGUUGGCCUUUGGGUUGAGCUAAUCGUAUCGCCUUCAGGUGCGAAUGUAUGCGUUUAAUGCCCUCUCCUUCCCAUUUCCUUAGUUCAUCAAUUUGAUCUUUUUCAUGUUAAAUCCCCAAUCUCGGCAAACCUUUUCUAAAAAACACUGAAUGUAGUAGAAGAAGAAGCUAAGUUUUUUUUAUGGGUUUGUUCUCUCUUUCCUCAGCUGGGGUUGUUUCCUCUUUUCUCCUAGACGAGUCUGUGUGAGUAUGCCCAAAUUUCACUCGACUGGUCGAAUGGUAGGAGGAGACUCGAUCUGUCGUUGUUCAAGAUGUUGGUGGAUUAGAAAACUUCCGAGUCAACUCGAGACUGCUAGGUCUUAUGCCCUUUCAGAACCUUUUCGUCCUUUUCCAUUUUACUUGAUGUUGAUGAUAAUGAUGAUGAUGAUGAUGAUGAUGCUAGAUAAUUUCAGGUUGGAAUCGUUCACAAGGGACGUUCUGAUCGGCUAUGCUGUAGUGUUGGAUAUUGGUUGACCUUCAGCUCCCGAUUUGUUGCUACAGUGGCGAUUUGAACAAUCUAGGGUACAUAUAUAAAAUAUUUGUUUUCCGUACUUUUUAGUGCCAGUUCAUUGUUUUCUCACUUUCCUCGGUUUGGUGUUUCUCCUCUCUGAUAUCUCUAUACUGUUUGUUCUUCUGUCAGUGAAACUACAUGGUUUUGUGCAGCCGAAAGGGAGCUUUGGAUUGGCUUACGACGUCAUCGGGGUCAAAGGUUUUGAAUCAUUGUUUUCUACGGGUCGAUUAAAAGGUGAGCCCUCUGGAUCAGUUUACCAUCCCCAAGUCUUCGAUUUGUUUGUCAAACAAAAAUUGGAGUUUUUGACCCCAUCCAUUGAUUUCAAUUGUCAACAGCGACAUGAAUAUCUUAUGCCUACUGUUGCUUUAGUUCUCAAUCUGUAACUAGACUCCUUGACCUCAUCCAUUGAUUUCUUUCUCAAGAGUUGGGCACGCGAUUCCCCAACCCCAGUUGUGGUUUUAGUACGCGAUCAAGUACUGGAAUUGCUGCCCUUAACUUGCAUUACAAUAUUUCUUUGGUUCAUUUUGACAUGACCGUAAUUGAAGUUCUGCCCUUUCAAUUGGUGAGUUCGUUUUUGCUUUCAGUGAACCUUCUUGCAAGUAAUAUUCACUUUCCGUUGUUUUCUAAUUAACUGUCUUUGCUUGCCCGUUGUUAGGUCUUUUGAGUUUAAUAUAACUUGGCCCUGUUA